AUGCCUACUGGUAGUGCAGUGAAUUCUAAGAAUACUAAGUGGGAACUGCCUCCACUUGACACAAUCAAAUGUAAUAUUGAUGCCUCUUACGAUAUACAUACAGGUUUGGCGGGAGUAGGCAUGGUACUACGCGAUCACUUGGGACAAUUUAUUGCUGGAAAAACUAUAUUCAUUGGUCGUGUUGCUAGGCCCUUGUUGGCUGAGAUCAUAGGACAAGCUCUGGAAGGAAAUUUGGUGAAUUACUCUUAUUUUGAUGCUUUAGUGUUUUGUUGUAAAAUUCUUAUCAAAGAGUUACUGUUUUUCUCUUUGUCGUCUGUUAAGAAAUUAGCGAAUCAGGUUGCUCGUUGUCUUGCUAAAGCAUCUGCUUCUAUGUCUGGUUCGAUGGAGUGGAAUACUAUCUCUCCGUCUCUCAUUACCGAUGUACUCGCGUUUGACUUAAAUAAUACAUGA